CGCCACCAUGAUUGCCUCGCUAUUUCGUCCUACCACCUUCCACAACGCUGUGAGCUAUGCUUCUGUCUUUCAGAAGAGCUUGCUUUCGUCACCCAUCUCCUCCAUCUUACUUCAGCCAGGCCUAACGAGAGGCUUCAAAGUUCGUACUUCCGUCAAGAAGCUAUGCAAAGAGUGUUAUAUUGCUAAGAGAAGAGGGCGAGUGUACGUCUACUGCAAAUCAAAUAAAAAGCACAAGCAAAGACAAGGCUAGAUAAUUAUCCCCUUUUACUCUCAAUUUGAACUGUUAAAACAAGCACUAAAAAACAAAAAUCCAGUUUCUAAUUAUAGACACUAUUCCUAUUUAUUGUAAAUAUUCUUUCUUUCUUUCUUUUAUUCUAUUUAUACUGUCUAAUUUUACAUCUAUAAGCUUUUAAACUUUUAACAUUUUAUCAUAAAUUUAAAAAAGUAAACAACAAAAAGAAAAAGAAAAUAAAAAGAUUUCCUUGUCAAUUUUUACUCAUCGUUAUUGAUCUUCCAAACUGACAUACCAGUUCCUCCAAUAACACAAUAUUCUUUAUCCUCAAAUUCACAGAUGCUACUGCAACCUGUAUCUGCAACUGUAGUGUAUUCCUUGUCAAUUAAUACCAUCUCAUUUUUU